GAAAAUCAGUUCAGUUCUUCGACUGCUUUCAAGAUGAAGUUCUUAGUGCUCUUCCUGGCUACUGCUGCUUUGGCUUCUGCGACCUUCAUUGGUGGCAAGUACAUCGACAUCAAAGAAGAUGGUACCAUUUACAUCAAAGGUGAAGAUGGUAAACAAAUCUACAUCACCAAACAUUACGGACCUUACGGACAGAAGAACAUCAAAAUCGAAGUAACUGGACCCAACAACUUCGUCAAAAUGUACGAAAUGGACUACAACACCCAGGUACCUUAUGGAAUUGGCAUGGGUGACCACAUCAUCAGCACUCUCGACAAGACCAACCAAGAUCAGUAUGACAUCCUCGAUGUGAUCUUCAGAGAAUACUUGGGAUACGUUGAUGAAAACACUUACCAACAACUUCUCAACAAGGUCCAAAAAGCUGUUUUCAACGGUUACUUCGACGGUCAAAUCUUAACCAUCCUCCAAGCCCUCAUUGAGGACUCAAAAUGGGACAAUCUGAUCACUGGACCAGUUGGUGGAGUAAGGAACAAAAUGACCCACCAAAACAAGUACGGUCUUGGAAUUUUCGGAAAACUCCUCAAGACACCAGGUUUUUACGGUCAAGGAUACAACCAAUACGACGUCAACUAUUAUUACAACGUAUUGAUGAAAAUCUUCGACAGGCAAGUCUUGAAAACCAUCUUGAUCCAAGGAGAAAUGUACACCCAAGGAAUGUACGGACAAUACUCUUACGAAAAAAUGUGGGAUAUGAUUUUCACUCACGAAGGUAUCUUCGAUCACCACUACUUGGUUGAGAUCAUCAACAACGAAAUGCUUAGGACCUGGUUCGUCCAACACGGAUUUUUCGACAAAGUUGUCCUAGAUCAAAUCCUUUACACCUACAAGACUGAAGGAGUCUACGACCAAUAUUUGUUGCAACGUUUGGUUAACACCCAGGUAUUGAAAUACUUCUUCGUCAACCGUGGAAUUUCUGUCUACGACAUCUUGGGACAAACCACCUACAACCAAUACUACGGCAACACUUUCUUCAACAAAGGCAUCUACGGUUACACCAUGUUGGAGAAAAUCAUCACUAACCCAAUCUGGAGAAACGUUUUGGUUCAAUAUGGCAUCUUCCACAAGAACGUCUUGGACCAGAUUUUGUACAUUCACAACACCCAAGGAGUAUACGAUCAAGUACUCAUGAGCCAGUUGGUCAACAAGAAAGUUUUGUACAACAUUUUGGUACAAUAUGGCGUUGUCGAUCAAACUGUAUUGAGGCAAUUCGUUGACAACGAAUACCUUGGUUUAAGCUUCUUGUUCAAGAACAACUUCUUCCAGCAGACCCCAAGAAUGACCUACAAAGGCUUAUUUGGUGUUACCGACAAUGUUCCAGAGUAUACCAGAUACAUGUACGGAGGAAACUACCUGAAGAACUGGUAUGGACAACAGUACUAUGGAGACAAACAAGUACCAUACAGCUACGGAAAAUUCUUCCACCAAUACCCAGUCACCCAACAACUCUACUGAUCACACAUGCCACAUGGACUGAAUUUGAAUUCACGAAUGUUUUUUAAUGUGAAUAAAAUGAUACAAGCAUGAAAA